GGACUAAUAUACACAAAGUUUUUUAGCACGGAUUUUCACUGUUUUCAUCUAUUCAUGUUUAUGUGUCUUUGAACAGCUGGGGAUCGCUUUUAUAAAACUAAUCUGGUACAAUGAAAAAGCUUUUUGAAACACCGAACGUGCAAUUAAGCACACAUAUUAGUUGUGUCUAAUGCGAUGCCCUUUAGCGGCGAUAAUAGCAGGAAGCCGGCUCACAGGAACAAACACAUAUCGGGUUUGACUCUGGGAUUGUCCAAUCGAACAAAGACAGAUUGACUACGGUUGAAAUGUUAAAACAGAGGAUGUCCUUUUGUUGAGUACAGAGCUCCUGGAACGGCUCAGCUGACGUGGAUUUGGCGCAAACACAAAGAAUCUAUACUCCAUUCUUGAUCAACUCUGGUCAUUUCAUUUCGACGUUUGAUCGUUCCUUCGAUCUCAAGUCAAAGUUAGUUUUUAUUACAAGAGAUUCUAACAAAGGGAAUCUUCUUUUGAGGCCAAUACUACAUAUGACUUACACAAUGAAGAAUGCUGCACCAGAAAAAGGCAUCUUGUCUCGGAUACAAGAGUACCUUUUGACACCAUGUGAUCCAUCAAACCUAGCCAUACUCAGAAUUCUGUUUGGUCUUUUCAUGGUUAUUGACAUCCCACAGGAACGUGGUUUAUCAAGCCUGCACUCACGAUGGGAGGAGGGCAUGUGUUACUUUCCUCUAUUCAAUGUCCUCCAACCCCUUUCUGUGGAUUGGAUGCACAUUGUUUACCUAGUUAUGCUGGCUGGAGCAUCAGGGAUAUUUCUAGGCUUCAUGUUUCGAAUAAGCUGCAUAUUAUUUAUCAUUCCCUACUGGUAUGUCUUCUGGCUGGACAAGGGCGUGUGGAAUAAUCACUCCUAUCUUUAUGGAUUGUUUUCUAUCAUGCUGUUAAUGACAGACUCCAACAGAUACUGGUCACUUGAUGGAUUGAUCAACCCUAAAAUACGAAAUGCAGAAAUACCAAAGUGGAACUACUUUUUGUUCCGAUUCCAGGUCUUUCUGGUUUAUUUUUAUGCUGGUAUUAAGAAGCUAGACCAAGACUGGAUGACUGGUUAUUCCAUGACAGGACUCUCCAAGGAGUGGGUAUUUGAUCCAUUCCGAGCUUUCCUGUCAGAUGAAACCAUAGACCUUGUGCUUGUCCACAUUUGUGGCUUAUGCUUUGAUCUGUUUGUUGGUUUCUUUCUGCUUUUUGACAAAACACGACCUAUUGGUAUCCUAUUUGCCUUGGCAUUCAAUGGAAUGAAUUCUCAGAUGUUUCAUAUUGGAAUGUUCUCCUACACGAUGAUGGCAACUCUUCCACUCUUCUGCUCUCCAUCUUGGCCGAAGAAACUGUUUUCUAGAAUGCCAUCCUGGCUAACUUUUAUUUUACCCACAACUGAUGCUGCACAACAAAGCCAUCACUGCUUGUAUGAGGCAGCAGUUGCAACCUCUCAGGAGAAAAAUACAAAGAAAGACAAGCAAGUGAAUUCAAAACAGGCUUCAUUGCAGCAGCUAUUAAUGCUGACUGUCUUUGCCUGUUAUGUGGCAGCCCAACUGUUUCUACCAUAUUCACAUUUCAUUACUAAGGGGUACAAUGGCUGGACACAAGGCCUUUAUGGGUACUCUUGGGACAUGAUGGUACAUUCCUGGAGCACUCAGCAUGUGCGGAUCAAGGUGGUUGAUCAAGUGACUGGAAAAGAGAUCUUCAUUAAGCCAGGGGCAUUCAUUGGUGGUGGUAGGAGGAGGCAUUCCAGAUGGAACUCCCACCCCGACAUGAUCAAACAGUAUGUCGAUUGCCUUGCUGAGAAACUGAAAGCCCGAGAGGAUUUGGACAUCUCUGAACCAGCCAUUUACCUCGACAUAUGGAGAUCGAUGAACAGACGCUUCCAACAGCGUUUUGUUAAUCCAAACAUCGACAUUCUUCACGCCGAUUGGUCACCCUUUCAAAAGACCACGUGGGUACAGCCGCUUUUGAUGGAGUUGUCUCCAUGGCGAUCCAAAUUGAAAGAGAUAGAAAAAAAGCAGUCACAGUCGUCGCUUGGAAACUUCACGGAUGUCGUAUUCGUGGCGGAUUUUCCAGGUCUGAUGUUGGAGAACUUUAUGAGUGAAGAACUGAACACCACACUAACUGUGCUUGAGGGAAAGGUUGAGGUGGAGUUCGACGGUCGGAACCACACCCUAGAGCGUGACGGAGAGAUAACCGUCCCUUCCAAUGCCACCCACGUGGUAUACACCGUGUCCAAGACCCCAGCGUGCUGGAUGUACGUCUACGUGAACGUCACGCAACUCAACAAUGAGACCAUUAGAGACUGGAUAAUAAACCCAGAGAAAAACCCCGCUUACAAGCUUAAAGCAGAGUGGAAGAAUAUGAAUGUUGCGCAAAAAUUUAAAGUCUGGUCGUUCAACAAAUACAUGGAAUUUGCAACUUCCUUCUGGAAUUCGUAUUACGCCGUUGGUCACGUGGCGUUUGGAUUAAAGCACCCGGAUGAAGAAAUAAGCGGUGACACAGACCAGUUACCGCAAGGUGCUGCAGGCUUCGGUGAACAAACCGCUGACCCAGUAAUACCCGGUAGUGCAGACUCAGCACCACAAACCAAACAUGGAGUUGAGAGAGAUGAGAGGGGAAAACAGCGCCAACAAUUUGACAAAAAGACCGAGCUGUAAUAGAAAAACACAACAUAGGAUUUUGCUUUUUAAUUUUAUUAAAGUUAUUAUAUAUUAAGUUUAGGAAGAGUAAUAUAUAGCAAUGUAAAAAGAGCUUUUAUGCAAACCUGCAACCAGCCGCCCCUAUAUCAAGGAAAUAAAUCUACAGAAAUGUCUCACAAAUAAUUAUUAAAGAGAACGUAAAAUCGA